AUAUCGUUCGCGGUCGUGCAGGGCGAUUUCGUUUUUCGACGCUACAGAAACGUGGCUUACGGGAAUCUGGUGCCCGGCCAGUGGGGUUUGUGAAAGUGUUCCAUAGUUUGAAGCCAGAUUAGGAGGACGUGGAGGACAUUGCGUCCCGCGAACGAUCGAACGAUGAGCUCGUUUAAGCGAGAUAAAAAGGAGGAAGAGGAGGCGGCCUCGAAUCCGAUGCAGAACCUGGAGAAGACGGCGGUGCUGCAGGAGACGCGAAUGUUUAAUGAAACACCGGUCAACGCUCGCAAGUGCACACACAUUCUAACCAAGAUCCUGUACCUUAUCAACCAGGGCGAGGUGCUGGGAACGCGCGAGGCGACGGAAUGUUUCUUUGCGAUGACAAAACUGUUCCAAUCGAAAGACGUGGUGAUGCGGCGCAUGGUUUACCUCGGCAUCAAGGAGCUGAGUCCCAUCGCGGACGACGUCAUCAUCGUGACGAGCUCGCUGACGAAAGACAUGACGGGCAAGGAGGACCUGUACCGGGCGCCCGCGAUCCGUGCGCUGUGCAGCAUCACCGACCAGACGAUGCUGCAGGCCGUCGAGCGCUACAUGAAGCAGUGCAUCGUCGAUCGGAACGCACCGGUUUCGAGCGGGGCGCUCGUCAGUUCGCUCCACCUCGCCAGCACCGCUGGUGACGUGGUGAAGCGUUGGGUGAACGAAGCGCAGGAGGCGGUGAACAGCGACAACAUUAUGGUGCAAUACCACGGGCUCGGCCUACUGUACCACAUCCGCAAGGCGGACCGGUUGGGAGUGACCAAGAUGGUGAACAAGCUCGUGCUGAAGCACAUGAAAAGCCCGUACGCCACCUGCUUCCUGAUCCGGAUUGCCUGCAAACUGCUCGAGGAGGACGAUGCGGCCGCCGGCAACGCAUCGCCACCGGCCCCCUCGCCCCUGUUUACGUUCAUCGAGAACUGUUUGCGCAACAAGUCCGAAAUGGUCAUCUACGAGGCGGCACACGCAAUCGUCAACCUGAAGCGCACCAACACCCGCGAGCUGUCGACGGCGGUCAGCAUUUUGCAGCUGUUCUGCAACUCCUCGAAGGCCACGCUCCGGUUCGCGGCCGUCCGCACGAUGAACCGGGUGGCCACGGUGCACCCGCCCGCCAUUACCGUGUGCAAUCUCGAUCUGGAGAACUUGAUCGCCGAUUCGAACCGGUCCGUGGCAACGCUGGCCAUCACGACGCUGCUGAAAACGGGAGCAGAAAGUUCGGUCGAGCGGCUCAUGAAGCAGAUCGCAACGUUUGUGGCCGAGAUUUCCGACGAGUUUAAGGUGGUGGUGGUACAGGCCAUCCGGGCCCUGUGCACCAAGUUCCCGCGCAAGCACGCGGUCAUGAUGAACUUUCUGAGCGGAAUGUUGCGCGAGGAGGGUGGGCUCGACUACAAGACGUCGAUCGUCGACACGAUCAUUCUGGCGAUCGAGGAGAACCCGGACGCCAAGGAGACGGGCCUGGCGCAUCUGUGUGAGUUUAUCGAGGACUGCGAGCACACAUCGCUGGCCGUGCGCAUACUGCACCUGCUCGGCAAGGAGGGCCCGUUCUCGAAGUGUCCCUCGCGCUACAUUCGGUUCAUCUACAAUCGCGUCAUCCUGGAGAAUGCGACCGUGCGUGCGGCGGCCGUCGCGGCGAUAGCCCAGUUCGGGGCCAGCUGCCCGGAUCUGCUGCCGAACGUGCUGGUGCUGCUGGCGCGCUGCAAGAUGGACAGUGACGACGAGGUGCGCGACCGGGCCACGUACUACCAUUCCAUUCUGAACCAGCCCGGUGCAUCGGCGCUCGUGAAGGGAUUUGUCGCCGACCGGGACAUUGUGUCGUUGCCGCUGCUCGAGAAAUCGCUGACCGAGUACUUGAAGGGUCCUCUGACGGAACCGUUCGAUCUGUCGAUCGUACCGAAAUCACAGCCCGUCGAGCCGGAAGUGACGGAAGACGUUAUGAUCAUGAACAAAACGGCACCGAAAGUGGCACGCAGCACACGCGAGGAAAUCAACACGGAAAAGUUGUUCGCAAUUGCGGGUAUCCGUCAGUUUGGGGCGCUGCUCAAAUCGUCGGCCUCCGUUCAGCUGACGGAGAGCGAAACGGAGUACACCGUGUCCUGCAUCAAACACUGCUUCGCCCAUCAUCUGGUGUUUCAGUUCGAUUGCGUCAAUACGCUGACCGAUCAGCUGCUGGAGAACGUGCGUGUCGAUCUGGUGGUACCGGAUGGGUUCGUGGUGCGGGGGGUCGUUCCGUGUAACUUGCCGUACGGUGAGAAGGAAGCCAACUACGUGAGCGUCGAGUUCCCGCACGAUGUGCCGAGUUCGAUCGCCACCUUUGGAGCAACGCUACGCUUCGUAGUGAAAGAUUGCGAUCCUUCGACGGGCCAGCCAGACUCGGACGAUGGCUACGACGACGAGUACAUGCUAGAGGACAUCGAGAUCACCGUCGCCGAUCAGAUGCAAAAGUCAAAAAAGCAAAACUUCCUCGCCGCCUGGGAUAGUGCCGAUACCGAGGAAUGGGUCGAAGCGGAGGACACGUUUGAGUUGUCGUCGGUGAGCAGUCUACCGGAUGCGGUCAACACCAUUCUGAAGUUUCUCGGUCUGGCGGCGGUCAACAUGUCGGAGUUUGUGUCCGAUGCAGCAUCCACACACACGUUGCUUUGUUCCGGGUCCUUCCGAGGUGGUGUCGAUGUGCUGGUGCGCGCCAAGUUGGCCGUUUCCGAUGGCGUCACGAUGCAGCUAACGGUGCGAACGACAGACAUGGACGUGGCCGAAAUGAUCACCUCGGCCAUCGGUUAAAAUCCCGCCGCGGGCUGAUUGCAAAAGGAAGAUCAUCUACGUUAAGACUAUUCAACACACACACACACGAUCAUGCGAAACAACAAACCACAAUCCUUUGGGCGACUUCAUUAGCCUCAUUAGCGUGGCGUGGCAUGAAAAAGGGGAGAUAUUCCGUAGGAGCCGCGGAUUCCGUGACCGUCGCUGCUUCAUUCCUUGCAAAAGCUACCGUAACAUGUUUUGCCUUUCUGAAAAAGAACUCCAUCGCAUCUUCCAACUUCUCUACCCUUGGUCGUA